AUGGCUCGGACACUUGCCGCAGGUGCACCCGUGCUCGGGCUAUCUGCCAACAACCGCGACCACGUCCUUUUGGUAGACCUCGCAGCUCUACUAAAAGCAAAAACCCCACCGCUCCAAGUCAAGCACAUACCAAACGCUAGCAAUGAUGGUACUACUCAGCCUCAGGAGAAUGAUGCUGAAAUGCCUAUGGCGAUGUCUGGCGAUCAGGAUCCCAUGUCCUUUCUUUCCCCUACUGCCGUUGACCUGCCUCGGUAUCUGGGGUUGGCUUCAUUCCCCAUGGACCCCAGCCUGCAGAUAGCCAUCUCCCCGCCACAUGGCGUGCACGGUAAUUCUUUCAAUUGGGAGACAAGUCUGAUUGGGAACUUUUCUGAUGCACAACUCAAGAACCCUGCCACAUUUUAUCAGCCCCAAGGUGUCAUAAGUGCGGCCAAUGCGGCCACACCCGCGCCUGUGCCUGAAUCUGCGUCUGCGUCUGUAUCUGCAUCUGCAUCUGCAGAUGGCGCCUCUUUAUUUGAGUUCGACCCAGAUGAUUUCUCAGGAGAUCCAAACUACAACCACUGCAAUUGGCUGAAGCAGCUUGGCGAUCUCAAUGUUGCCAUAUACCAACAUCCCUUACACCCUAAGCCCGUUAGCGGGAAUACGCCUGGAGUUUCCGCUGCUUUCUCCGCCCAACUAGUCAGGUUGUCUAGCCUUCAGAUCGGCCGGCUUCUACAUAUGACAUCCCAGCUCAGAAGACUGACCAAAGAAAUCGAUUCGGCAGACCAUGUACAACCCAAUUAUGAUGGGUCAGCUGAGCCUGAUUCCCUUGGUGGAAUCAACCUAGCCAAGCAUGAUCGGUCGACUCUGUUCGUGGUCUUAGGUUGUUACCGUUAG